GAGAAAGUUACCUGUGGCCGCCCAAGUCCGCCACUUUCUGCUCUGUGUCUGCCCAUUGCCACGAUCCAGGAGGACUCCGCGCCGCCCGGCCGCCUCCGAGCUCGGGCCCCAUGUGAGGGGCCCCCCCUUAUCCCACCUUUCCGGCUAGGUGAGGGCGCGAGCGGGCGAGCGAGCGAGAGUGGUGAGGGGGGACGGAAAAGCAGAAUUACCUGUAGCUCUUGUUCUGCCAUCUCGGGCGCUCUCACACACCUUCACCUGCACAGACUUGAAAGUCCAGUUUCACCAGAGGCUGAGGCUCCAGGAAAAGGGGAGCAAGUUCAUUGGAUCAAACAUGUCACAAGAGUCGGACAAUAAUAAAAGACUAGUGGCCUUAGUGCCCAUGCCCAGUGACCCUCCAUUCAAUACCCGAAGAGCCUACACCAGUGAGGAUGAAGCCUGGAAGUCAUACUUGGAGAAUCCCCUGACAGCAGCCACCAAGGCCAUGAUGAGCAUUAAUGGUGAUGAGGACAGUGCUGCUGCCCUCGGCCUGCUCUAUGACUACUACAAGGUUCCUCGAGACAAGAGGCUGCUGUCUGUAAGCAAAGCAAGUGACAGCCAAGAAGACCAGGAGAAAAGAAACUGCCUUGGCACCAGUGAAGCCCAGAGUAAUUUGAGUGGAGGAGAAAACCGAGUCCAAGUCCUAAAGACUGUUCCAGUGAACCUUUCCCUAAAUCAAGAUCACCUGGAGAAUUCCAAGCGGGAACAGUACAGCAUCAGCUUCCCCGAGAGCUCUGCCAUCAUCCCGGUGUCGGGAAUCACGGUGGUGAAAGCUGAAGAUUUCACACCAGUUUUCAUGGCCCCACCUGUGCACUAUCCCCGGGGAGAUGGGGAAGAGCAACGAGUGGUUAUCUUUGAACAGACUCAGUAUGACGUGCCCUCGCUGGCCACCCACAGCGCCUAUCUCAAAGACGACCAGCGCAGCACCCCGGACAGCACAUACAGCGAGAGCUUCAAGGACGCAGCCACAGAGAAAUUUCGGAGUGCUUCAGUUGGGGCUGAGGAGUACAUGUAUGAUCAGACAUCAAGUGGCACGUUUCAGUACACCCUGGAAGCCACCAAAUCUCUCCGUCAGAAGCAGGGGGAGGGCCCCAUGACCUACCUCAACAAAGGACAGUUCUAUGCCAUAACACUCAGCGAGACCGGAGACAACAAAUGCUUCCGACACCCCAUCAGCAAAGUCAGGAGUGUGGUGAUGGUGGUCUUCAGUGAAGACAAAAACAGAGAUGAACAGCUCAAAUACUGGAAAUACUGGCACUCUCGGCAGCAUACGGCGAAGCAGAGGGUCCUUGACAUUGCCGAUUACAAGGAGAGCUUUAAUACGAUUGGAAACAUUGAAGAGAUUGCAUAUAAUGCUGUUUCCUUUACCUGGGACGUGAAUGAAGAGGCGAAGAUUUUCAUCACCGUGAAUUGCUUGAGCACAGAUUUCUCCUCCCAAAAAGGGGUGAAAGGACUUCCUUUGAUGAUUCAGAUUGACACAUACAGUUAUAACAAUCGUAGCAAUAAACCCAUUCAUAGAGCUUAUUGCCAGAUCAAGGUCUUCUGUGACAAAGGAGCAGAAAGAAAAAUCCGAGAUGAAGAGCGGAAGCAGAACAGGAAGAAAGGGAAAGGCCAGGCCUCCCAAACUCAAUGCAACAGCUCCUCUGAUGGGAAGUUGGCUGCCAUACCUUUACAGAAGAAGAGUGACAUCACCUACUUCAAAACCAUGCCUGAUCUCCACUCACAGCCAGUUCUCUUCAUACCUGAUGUUCACUUUGCAAACCUGCAGAGGACCGGACAGGUGUAUUACAACACGGAUGAUGAACGAGAAGGUGGCAGUGUCCUUGUUAAACGGAUGUUCAGGCCCAUGGAAGAGGAGUUUGGUCCAGUGCCUUCAAAGCAGAUGAAAGAAGAAGGGACAAAGCGAGUGCUCUUGUACGUGAGGAAGGAGACUGACGAUGUGUUCGAUGCAUUGAUGUUGAAGUCUCCCACAGUGAAGGGCCUGAUGGAAGCGAUAUCUGAGAAAUAUGGGCUGCCCGUGGAGAAGAUAGCAAAGCUUUACAAGAAAAGCAAAAAAGGCAUCUUGGUGAACAUGGAUGACAACAUCAUCGAGCACUACUCGAACGAGGACACCUUCAUCCUCAACAUGGAGAGCAUGGUGGAGGGCUUCAAGGUCACGCUCAUGGAAAUCUAGCCCUGGGUUUGGCAUCCGCUUUGGCUGGAGCUCUCAGUGCGUUCCUCCCUGAGAGAGACAGAAGCCCCAGCCCCAGAACCUGGAGACCCAUCUCCCCCAUCUCACAACUGCUGUUACAAGACUGUGCUGGGGAGUGGGGCAAGGGACAGGCCCCACUGUCGGUGUGCUUGGCCCAUCCACUGGCACCUACCACGGAGCUGAAGCCUGAGCCCCUCAGGAAGGUGCCUUAGGCCUGUUGGAUUCCUAUUUAUUGCCCACCUUUUCCUGGAGCCCGGGUCCAGGACCGCCAGGACUCUGCAGGCCACUGCUAGCUCCAGAUGAGACCGUCCAGCGUUCCCCCUUCAAGAGAAACACUCAUCCCGAACAGCCUAAAAAAUUCCCAUCCCUUCUUUCUCACCCCUCCACAUCUCCCGAGUGGCUGGACAAAAUGAGCUACUGCUGGGUGCAGUAGUUAUAGGUGGGGCAAGAGGUGGAUGCCCACUUUCUGGUCAGACACCUUUAGGUUGCUCUGGUGAAGGCUGUCUUGCUAAAUACCUCCAGGGUUCCCAGCAAGUGGCCACCAGGCCUUGUACAGGAAGACAUUCAAUCACUGUGUAAUUAGUAACACAGAAAGUCUGCCUGUCUGCAUUGUACAUAGUGUUUAUAAUAUUGUAAUAAUAUAUUUUACCUGUGGUAUGUGGGCAUGUUUACUGCCACUGGCCUAGAGGAGACACAGACCUGGAGACCGUUUUAACGGGGGUUUUUGCCUCUGUGCCUGUUCAGGAGACUUGCAGGGCUAGGGAGAGGGCCUUUGGGAUGUUAAGGUGACUGCAGCUGAUGCCAAGAUGGACUCUGCAAUGGGCAUACCUGGGGGCUCGUUCCCUGUCCCCAGAGGAAGCCCCCUCUCCUUCUCCAUGGGCAUGACUCUCCUCCGAGGCCACCACAUUUAUCUCACAAUGAUGUGUUUUGCUUGACUUUCCCUUUGCGCUCUCUCGUGGGAAAGGUCAUUCUGUCUGAGACCCCAGCUCCUUCUCCAGCUUUGGCUGCGGGCACGGCCUGAGCUUUCUGGAGAGCCUCUGCAGGGGGUUUGCCAUCAGGGCCCUAUGGCUGGGUCUGCUGCAGAGCUCCUUGGCUAUCAUGAGAAUCCUGGACACUGUACUGUGCCUCCCAGUUUACAAACACGCCCUUCAUCUCAAGUGGCCCUUUAAAAGGCCUGCUGCCAUGUGAGAGCUGUGAACAGCUCAGCUCUGAGUCGGCAGGCUGGGGCUUCCUCCUGGGCCACCAGAUGGAAAGGGGGUAUUGUUUGCCUCAUUCCUGGGUGCUGGGUUUUAAGGAAGUGAGUGAGAAAGAAUGUGCCAAGAUACCUGGCUCCCGUGAAACCAGCCUCAGGAGGGAAACUGGGAGAGAGAAGCUGUGGUCUCCUGCUACAUGCCCUGGGAGCUGGAAGCGAAAAACACUCCCCUAAACAAUCGCAAAAUGAUGAGCCAUCAUGGACCACUGUUCUCUUUGAGGGGACAGGUUUAGGGGUUUGCGUUCGCCCUUGUGGGCUGAAGCACUAGCUUUUUGGUAGCUAGACACAUCCUGCACCCAAGGCCCUGGGUCUAGGACAGGUUCUCUACAAAGGCCCAGAUUUGUUUGUAAAGCACUUUGACUCUUACCUGGAGGCCCGCUCUCUAAGGGCUUCCUGCGCUCCCACCUCAUCUGUCCCUUAGAUGCAGAGCAGGAUGGAGGGGCUGCUUCUAGCUCAGCUGUUUCUCCUUGAGGUUGCGGAGGAAUUGAAUUGAAUUGAAUGGGACAGAGGGCAGGUGCUGUGGCCAAGAAGAUCUCCGAGCAGCAGUGACGGGGCACCUUGCUGUGUGUCCUCUGGGCAUGUUAACCCUUCUGUGGGGCCAAAGGUUUGCAUCGUGGAUCCAGCUGUGCUCCAGUCUGUCCCCUCCUCCUCCACUCUGACUGCCACACCCCGGACCAGCAGCUUGGGGACCCUCCAGGGUACUAAUGGGGCUCUGUUCUGAGAUGGACAAAUUCAGUGUUGGAAAUACAUGUUGUACUAUGCACUUCCCAUGCUCCUAGGGUUAGGAAUAGUUUCAAACAUGAUUGGCAGACAUAACAACGGCAAAUACUCGGACUGGGGCAUAGGACUCCAGAGUAGGAAAAAGACAAAGAUUUGGCAGCCUGACACAGGCAACCUACCCCUCUCUCUCCAGCCUCUUUAUGAAACUGUUUGCCAGUCCUGCCCUAAGGCAGAAGAUGAACUGAAGAUGCUGUGCAUGUUUCCUAAGUCCUUGAGCAAUCAUGGUGGUGACAAUUGCCACAACAAGGGAUAUGAGGCCAGUGCCACCAGAGGGUGGUGCCAAGUGCCACAUCCCUUCCGAUCCAUUCCCCUCUGCAUCCUCGGAGCACCCCAGUUUGCCUUUGAUGUGUCCGCUGUGUAUGUUAGCUGAACUUUGAUGAGCAAAAUUUCCCGAGCGAAACACUCCAAAGAGAUAGGAAAACUUGCCGCCUCUUCUUUUUUGUCCCUUAAAUUAAUCAAACUCAACUCAAAUAAGCUUAAAAAAAUCCAUGGAAGAUCAUGGACAUGUGAAAUGAGCAUUUUUCUUUCUUUUUUUUUUUUUUUUUUAACAAAGUCUGAACUGAACAGAACAAGAGUUUUUCCUCAUACAUCUCCAAAUUGUUUAAACUUUAUGAGUGUUUAGAAGUUCGGACCAACAGAAAAAUGCAGUCAGAUGUCAUCUUGGAAUUGGUUUCUAAAAGAGUAAGGCAUGUCCCUGCCCAGAAACUUAGGAAGCAUGAAAUAAAUCAAAUGUUUAUUUUCCUUCUUAUUUAAAAUCAUGCAAAUGCAACAGAAAUAGAGGGUUUGUGCCAAAUGCUAUGAACGGCCCUUUCUUAAAGACAAGCAAGGGAGAUUGAUAUAUGUACAAUUUGCUCUCAUGUUUUAAAAAAAAAAAGGUAAAUGUAACUUAAUAGUUUUGUAAAUGGGAGAGGGGGAAUCUAUAAACUAUAAAUACAGUUAUUUUAUUUUUUGUACAUUUUUAAGGAGAAAAAAAUAAAUAUUCAUAACAUAACAUAAGAGUAAAA